AUGGGCAUAAUUGUUGCACCCAGUCAAGACAUGUACUUCACUAAGGACAAGUUGUUCAGACCGAUAGCUAUUCAUGAGAGAAUAACACGAGACAGAAUGGACAAACUACACCAGUACUUUCAUGUUGCAGAUACGACUCAGAAUCCUCCAAAACGACAGCCUGGACAUGAUAAAUUGGCCCACAUCAGACCCAUUUUAGAAAAUGUUCGUCAGAAAUUGCAGUCCGAGUACAGGCUCCACAAGGAAACUUCAAUUGACGAAGCAAUGAUUGCGUACACAGGAAGACUGGGGUUCAAACAAUAUGUUCCCCUCAAACCAACAAAACGUGGAAUUAAAGUUUGGAUGCGUGCUGACCCCAACAACGGUUAUGUAAAUGACUUACAGGUUUACACGGGGAAAGAAAAUAAUGUUCCAGAACGUGGACUAGGAGAAAGAAUUGUCAAAGAUCUGACACGAAAAGUUUGGGGCCAAAACCACCAUGUCUACUGUGACAAUUAUUUUUCUUCUGUCGGACUCUUUGAGGAACUGCUCGCGAAUAAGACAUAUGCAUGUGGAACAAUCCGAGCAAACAGGAAAGGUCUUCCUGCCUCUAUAGUUCAUGGCAAGCUGAAAAAUCAGGGAGAUUUGCGUCAACAACAAAAAGGGAAUCUUGUUUCAACCGCGUGGCAUGACAAGAGAACUGUCCUCCUCUUGACAACAAACUCUGAUCCCACAAGAAACACAACAGUGCAGCGGAAGCAAAAGGACGGUACCAUCAGGGAAGUUCCUUGUCCAGAGGCAGUGAAACACUACACACAGAAUAUGAACGGUGUGUGGAUAGGGCAGAUCAACUUCGUGCCACUUACUGUAUUGCAAGGAAAGCAUCAAGUGGUGGAGAUACAUUUUUUGGUUCCUGGUUGA